GGUGAGGAGAGAGACGGGCAUUGUGGGACUUGUGGUUUAUCUGACUAUGUAAAAGCCUCCAUCUAUAAACAACAACGAAAAGAUCCCUGCUGGCUGCUUUGGCUCGGCCUCACACAUUACCUCUUGUCACCGUGGUAACGGAUAGCCUCUGUCGCCGGCUCCUGGCUCCCAGCCGACACACCACCAUCCCGCACGCCCACACACAUGGCUAGCCGGGAGGAGCAGGAGCAGGUUAACAUUGAUGAGGUCCCAAGACCCACAAUCCAUCAGGGCCCUGACCCCUGACCUCUGAGAGCCUGUAAAUUGGCCAUUAAUGGGCUGUCCUUUCAGAGUGUGUUUGUGUGUGUGUCCUUUCAGAGACGUGGAGAUGGGGGAGGGGCCUGGCACACUUUCUCAUCUUGAUGGACAACUCCUAAAUGGCACAUCAAUACCGCAUUUCUCCAAGGAGAGGUACCUGCUGGAGUCUGCACCAGAGAAACUACACACGGAGCUGGAGGAGGAGCUGAAACUCUGCAGCAGCGAUAUCAGGAGCCAUGGCUGGUACCAUGGACACAUCCCACGAGAGGUGUCGGAGACGGUGGUGCUGCGAAACGGUGACUUCCUGAUCCGUGAUUCGCUGAUAAACGUGGGCGACUAUGUCCUGACGACCAGGUGGAACUAUGAGGUUCUGCACUUCAAGAUCACCAAGGUCCUGGUCAGGUCCAGCACUGAGUCUAAGGUCCAGUACCUGUUAGAGAAAGACAGUUUCGACUCCAUACCUGAGCUGAUGAGGUACUACGUGGCCGGACGGCGACCUGUCUCCCAGCCCAGCGGAGCCCUGAUCUACUGUCCAAUCAUACGCACCCUCCCCUUGCGUUACCUGGAAGCAACGUUUGCCUUAGCCAAUAGCAGACAUGGCCUAGCCCACUCACCAUCCAGUCAGAAAGGAGCGUACAUUAAGAGGCGGAGCGUGACUAUGAACGACGGAUUGACCACGGACAAGCUGAUACCUCACAGUGACGUGGAGUCCAUCAGUCCAGUGGAACCACCAGUUCCCCCAGUCCCAGUACCAGUCCAAGUACCUGCAUCAAUACCAGUAGCAGUACCAGUUGUUCCAAAGCCAGAAGUGGAGGCUGCUGUCGUGGGGUGCAAGUGCUCCUCUACUAUUCACAAAGACGCCAUGACGAACUGUGCUCUGAGUAUGGACCUCAUCCAGGAGUAUCGCCGUCCUCCUUUAGGGGAGACACCUCUCUCCCCAGCCUACAGCCACAUCCACAGACACAGAACCCGGUCAGGGGUUAGAGUUCUGGCCGUGGUGCCCCCCUCUCCAGUCCUGAGACACUCCAGCGACCCCCAGCUCAGCCCAGGCUCCAACAACAACCUACCAGACAUGCUAGCAGCCAGCUCCCACUCCACACCGGGCCCCAGCUCCUACGAAACCCCAGCAGAUGGCUCCGAGACGGGGGGCAGCUACUGCGACUUACGGCCCACCCCGGCCCUCUGUCCUAAGGCUCCCUGUGCCGCCGGCAUGCACCCCACACCUCCCACUAAGAGCUACGUGGAGAGGCUGCGUGUGGAGGAGGGCCAUGGGCCUGCCCCAGGGAGGGAGGAUGGGGCUGGAGAAGAGGUGUUCAUCGCCCCCCUAGUGGAGACAGCCUCCUCCUUCAGACCAGGGAAGUACCUCUCGCCACUGAUGCCCCAGGAGAACAAGCCCUUAGAGAUGAGCAUUCUGAAGAGGGUUAAAGAACUUCUGGCGGAGGUGGACGUUAGGACAGCUGCUAAACACAUCACCAUGGCUGACUGCACGGUUGCUAGGAUACUGGGUGUUACCGAGGAGAUGCAGAGGAUGAUGGGAGUGGGCUCGGGACUGGAGUUGUUGACUCUUCCUCACGGACACCAGCUGAGACUGGACCUACUGGAGCGGUUCUAUACUAUGUCUAUAAUGACAGCUGUGGACCUGCUGGGCUGUACCGGCAGUAAAGAGGAGAGGGCUGCUCUGCUCCAUAAGACAAUCCAGCUGGCUGCUGAACUCAAGAGCAACCUCGGGAACAUGUUUGGCUUCGCCGCUGUGAUGAGAGCACUGGAGCUACCACAGAUCUCUCGUCUGGAGCACACGUGGAUGACGUUACGUCAGAGACACACAGAGGGAGCCAUCCUCUAUGAGAAGAAGCUCAAGCCGUUCAUGAAGAACAUGAACGAUGGCAAAGAGAGCACUGUGCUGUCCAACACCUCCUUCCCUCAUGUGGUUCCUCUGCUGUCUCUGCUGGAGAGGAGUGUGGUUGUGGGGGAGGGGCCAGGGGCGGGGAUGGAAUCCUGGGAGAAAGUGGAGGCGGGGGUUGACGUGGUGAUGUCACACCUGGAGGCGGCCCGGACCAUCGCUCACCAUGGGGGGCUGUAUCGCACCAACGCUGAGACCAAACUACAGGGCUUCCAGGAGAGGGAGGAGGUUCUGGAGAUCUUCCAGACAGAGUUCCAGAUGAGGUUGCUAUGGGGAAGUCGGGGGUCGGAGGGCAGCCAAUCAGAGCGCUAUGAGAAGUUUGACAAAGUUCUGACCGCUCUGUCUCACAAGCUGGAACCUCUUGUACGCCACAGUGAACUAUAGCACCCAUCUCACCGAACACCCCUAUACACAGCACUCACAGUGGUAUGGCCCGUCUCCCCACACUGCCGCUGGAUGAUUCCAAUGUGAGGGGAGGAAGCAGCUAACAGAGACAAGAGAAUAGACUGAGAGAAGACGAGGGUACGCUAGGAGAGAAGGAGCGUCUCGCUGUAUAUCCCCAUAAAAGUCAUAAAGGGCUUUUUCAGAGCUCUUAAACUGCGUGGGAUGUUACAUAUUCUGCCUAUCUUCGAAGUACAGAUAAUUGUAUGGUGUGCGCUUAGGGUCAAACAACACAGGGGAGGGAGUAUAGGGAAGACAAAGCUCUGGUUUGUCUAAAACCUCCCUCACUAGUACUGUCACACUCUGUAGUAUCACCAACUUAAAGAGACAGUAAUAUUUAAAACAAUGUUUGUGCUCUUCAGGACCCCUGUAUAAAAUAUAUACAACUAUCUAUCUCUAUGACCUGUGUCACCAGACCUCAGCUUCAGACUGAGUGUGUUCUGAAAUCUGUUGUUCUUGUAUAGACUCUCUGCAUGUCUGCCAUUCAUUCCAUAUUCCAUCACGUCCCCUGCUGAUGACACCUGCAGUGUGCUCAUCCUUCUGUAGCUCAGUUGGUAGAGCAUGGCGCUUGUAACGCCAGGGUAGUGGGUUCGAUUCCCGGGACCACCCAUACGUAGAAUGUAUGCACACAUGACUGUAAGUCGCUUUGGAUAAAAGCGUCUGCUAAAUGGCAUAUAUAAACAUCACUCAUACAGCUGGUCUCUUAUCUAUCUGUUUUGAACAAGUCAUAAUAUAUGUUAUGUUUCCAAAUCACAUCAGCUGUCUGAGGCGUACUGUGCUCUGCCUAAAAGCAUUUUCUCUCUGUGGACUUUGUGUGCUGUUCAGUGGCAGUUGUCUUAUAUGAGGGCUCUUCUGAGAAGCAUUCACCCUCCCUCUUCUUUUCUCCGCUUCUGGCAUGUCAUAAAUGUUUCUCAAAUCAAAACAAAAUCAAAUUGUAUUGGUCACAUGCACAUAUUGGGCAGAUGUUAUUGCGGGUGUAGUGAAAUUCUUCUGGCACGUCAUUAAUGUUUCUGACAUGUCAUUAAUGUUUCUGACAUGUCAUUAAUGUUUCUGACAUGUCAAUAAUGUCAUGUCAUUAAUGUUUCUGACAUGUCAUUAAUGUUUCUGACAUGUCAUUAAUGUUUCUGGCAUGUCAAUAAUGUCAUGUCAUUAAUGUUUCUGACAUGUCAUUAAUGUUUCUGGCAUGUCAUUAAUGUUUCUGGCAUGUCAAUAAUGUUUCUGGCAUGUCAUUAAUAUUUCCUGAUGACAUCCUGUCACAUUUACAUCAUAUGAGCAUGUUUUUUCUGCACUUGUCAUACACACAAUUAAAAAUACCCAUAAUGCACUCUCACCUGUUUGUGUGAACUAUUGUACUUCAGGCACAUGUGUUAUAAUGUAAAACACUGACUGUGCUGUUCUCUUGAUCGUUACAUAGAUUUUUUUGAAAGGCGGGGCCAUUCCAAAUACUGAGUGAUCAUUUUUUUUCUCCUUCCUGACAAUUACCAUGACAAUUGUCGUGGUAACAUAUUUGACAGACUUUGUUGACAUGGUAACGUAACAUGCUUGAGCCUCUGCUGUUCCCAUACGAUUCAGGUUUAACCGGCGUGAAUGAAUGUGCUUUGGUCUGAAAGCGAUCCAGAACGUUCUCAGGGCAGAAUGGAGCCCCCCAGACCUAGCCUGGUCCCAGAUCUGUCUGUGCCUUCUUCUUGCCAACGCCUAUGGUCAUUGCCAGCCAAACAAUGCCCAUAGGAUUUGACACGACAGAACAAAUAGAUGUGGGACCAGGCUCCCUCAGACCCCCCCAGUGACUGUAUGAUGGACUGUGUGUUGUUCCGUAUGUAAGAUGUGUGAUCGAUAUGGACAGAGUUUUCAAAAGUCAUUGAGAACAUUCUACUCCAAAACCAUGAAGAAAGUUUAUUCACAAAGUCAUUGUAGGAUCCUCAUGCGAUUUCACUCACUUUAAUUCAUCUUCAAAGAAUGUCCUCUAAAAAUGUAUUGUUGCUGAAAUGCUUUAGUGAAAUAAAUGUCAUGUAAAAUGCAACUUCAACAUGA